CUCCCUUUGACGUGUUCAGCCGAAACCCAAGGACCUUGUAAAAUCAUGAGGGGAGCCCAAGCACCCAGUUAUAUGAAACAGUCGACGGAUCUUAAACACGUUCAACGCGCGCGGCGCAUCUCGCCGGCGUCGGCAGCGUCAGCCAUAGCGCUCCAUGGUUUAGGGCCGCGAAUAAUGACCGUGAUGCUUGUAGAAGAGGCUGAAUUGUGAACGGUUCGUUCUAGCGAACUUUCGCUGGGCGGAUCUGCAAACGCAAUCCUGCUCCGAGAGCAUGAAUAUAGGUGCCUACCCAGCUGAUUUUUGAGUCCCUACUUUCCGGGACACUCUCGCAAAACCAAAGACGUUUUAGAGCACUUCUCGCGAUCUCAAGUUGCAUUCUUGGGCCCUCGCCAGGGCGCCUUUCUACACGAUAUGGGAGCUUACAUUAAUGGAUUCUACGUCUUCUCUCCUGUCUCCGACAAUGACCGUGCUGGCAUACUUUAUGUCGCGACCAUCUUGAGUCUGAUUUUCUCUGUCAUUACGCUCAUAGUACGGUAUCACAUUCAAAGGCGAACCUUUGGACUCGAUUUUUGGAUCAUCGUCGCUGCCACGGUCGUUGCACUAGGUCAAUAUGCAGCUAUCUUUGCAGGGCUGGACAACUAUGCUCUGGGAAAAGCAGUCUCUCUUAUGUCUGAGAGCGAUCAACUCAAUGCAGGCCGGUCCGCUAUUGCUAGUAUCUGUCUUUUCCUCAUUUCCAAUGCUCUCACAAAAUGUUCGGUCAUCUUUUUCAUGAAGCGCCUCUUCUCUACGGACAACAGAACUGCACGACUUCUGUGUAAUGGUUUGUUGGGCGCAGUUGGUGUCUGGGUUUUGGCUUCUAUCUUGGGUCUCAAUAUUGCCUGCGGGCCGUCGACCAAGUUUGCUCUCUCAGAUCGAUGUAGCGGACAGAUUACCCGAUGGAGCGUUGUAGCAACUUUCGACUCGCUGUUUGAGCUGGCCAUUUUCUUUCUUUCCAUCAUCCUUGUUGUUCCUUUGCAAAUGACCAGAGAGAUCAAGCUCUCUGUCGUCUUUGCCUUUUCUUUCCGCCUGGUUGUCGCCAUAUUCGCCAUCAUCCAUGUAUACUACGUCUCUCAAUGGUCCAGCUCUUCCGAUCCAGGCAUUGCAACCGUCUAUUCUCUCCUCUGGCAACAAGUCGAACUCGGCUACGCACUCAUGGCCGCCACAAUCCCAACCUUACGCUCGUUCAUCCGUGCCUACGAGAAGGCCAUGGGUUGGGAGUCAUCCUACUACAUCAAAAACACAAAUACACGUACCGCAAACUCGACAUACCAACUCAGCACGAUGCAAACAUCGAGACAUGAAGAGGAAGGAGCGGUAUUUGGACUACGAAGGCUAUCGACCUCUGACAAGAGUCCGCUUCGUCCAGACAGACCGAAUUACAAGGCCCAGAUCUACGGACCAGGUCUGCAUGAUGUUGCAGAGCAUUUGCCGAGGAGGACGAAGAGUAAUGGUAGUGGUGGUAGCGAAGAACCCAUCAUCCGCAAAGACGUCGAGAUUCAGGUCAGCUCUGAAGCUGCACAUUAGAUUAUUGAUGACUUCAAUUCCAUCUGUUCGAUAUAUUGGCUUCAUCCUCUUCAUCGAUUCUAGACAUGAACUGCCGAGUCAGAUUGUAUUAGUUUCGGAUCUGCGGCAGGAAUAUCGAUCCAUUGAAACUAUAUCGGGCCCCUUUUUGUAGUGGUGACCC